UGUGUCUGUGUGUGUGUGUGUGUGGGAGGAGUGGGAGGACGACAUGGAGCCACCAUCCCAUAAAAACACUUUGUCCUGUUUAGAGUUCAUUAUCCAUCACUUCAUCUCUGGAGCAGCAAGGGCCAGCAGCUGAAGGUCUUUGCAUGGGGGCAAAGGAUGGAGUACUGGUUGGAAAAUCAGGGUCAGCACCAGCUUUACUCCAGAUUUGGGACUCUUCCUGGGAGAAAUUGUGCACACAACUAUCAUGAUAGACAGCAGCCAGCCUAUAACACACUGUGCUAUGGAGAGCAGCGGGAUCAGGGAAGGGCAACCAGCAACUGGACGGUACCUGGAUCGAGAGCAGGAGGAGCUCUACAGGAGUACACCCACUGGGCAGAGCCAGAGCUGCCCAGUUCUCCUUCUCCCCAUUUCCCCUUUGUUUUACACCGUCACAAUCAGCGCCACCAGGACCUGGGGGAGUAUCGGCAACAUGACCCCAGAGACAGAGAGCGGCGGGCGCCUCACGGAGCGGUCAGGGAUCACGACAGAGGAUCUCUGAGGGAUCCGUGGCCGAAGAGGUGGGACCAGAGUCAGCCUUCCUGUUACAGAGACGCUCCCGCUAAGAGGAACGACAGCAGCUAUCGAGAGCUGGAGGCCUGGGCAGCUCGGUACAGUCAUUCGCUGCCCAGGAGGAGACGCUUAGAAGCGGAGUUGCAACAGGCCAUCCAAGGCCUGUCGGAGAGCAGCUGGACUCCAGAGAGGGAAAAACCCAUGACGAAUCCUCGAGUUCAACCACAACACGGCCAACUAAAUCCAAACAGAGCAUCCGGACAGUGGGACGCAGCAGCACCUCCUGCUGCGGACACAAACCUCAUGAAGGAAAAGAUUGAAUACCAGUCGAGGGGAUUUGGAAAACCUCCUGGAUAUAUCGGCCCUCCCCCCUACAACGGGCCUCCUGUGAUGCACCACCGUGAUGUUGGCUGGCAGCAGGUUGGUAAGACGCGAGCUGACUGGUCACAGCCAACACUCAGAAAACAGGAUGUUCCAGUGGAUUUGCAAACCAAGGGGGAGGCGGAGCAAGAUGAGAGCAAAAUCUACCCCGAAAUGGAGGAACUGAAGUCCAGUAAACCAGACGGUGAUGCCUUCCAGACAGCCAGUCCCAUCGAUGCGCAGACACCCGAAAGCGUGUUAGCUCAAGAACCACAAGCGGUUCAGAGCUCCAGUAUGAGGAGGGACGAAAUCUGUAAGGUGCUGGAAGGACGGAAGUUCAGCGUGAAGAAAAAGACGGGAGGGAUGACCAUAUUCUGCCUGGUGUCUCGAAUAGCAAGCCCCUCUGAAACCGCAUCGUUACCCGUCUGCGCCUCCCAAACAAGCGUCCAAAGCACAGAAACGGAUAUAUCAGAGCCCCGGCAGGACAGCAGCCAGAUGAAGACGCUCGCUGAUGACGUGGACUUAGGAGCACAGACGCUCAAAGAGCAGUCAGAUAAAACGGCAAUCAGAUGCAGAGACAAGGUGAUGCCUGAAGACAAGCUACCAAGCAGCGUUUUCCUGGAAGAAUCCGGAGUUGAGGGAAGUGUCCCUGCAUCUGUGCAGCCUGUGUUGAUGAAAUACCCUCUGUGGAGGGAGCCUGGCGCCAGCAGCAAGGCUGAAGCCGACAGCUCCGACCCAAACUGCUCGAAAGAGACGACGAGAAGCACCUCGAACCAGAAUGAAGGUGGGGAUGUGAGCAGCCACUCGACGGACAACGAACAGAAGAAACUGGACAUCGCGGAGGACGCUGAGGACCUGAGAGGUCUGCUGGUGAUAGACACCAGCUGUGUCGUCGUCAAAGUGGAGCUGAUUCCUUCGCCGAAGAAGGAACACGUUCACUAUUUAGGCUCCACAGCCAAUGAAGAAAGCAGCUCGUCUGAUUCGAACUCUCGGCUUUAUCAAGACGUUACGGCUGAUCCAAGCAACGAGACCCCAAGUGGGAACGAGGACCCCGACGCUGACCUGGAUCCAUCACUUUUGGAGAAACCGGAACACGAAGAGAGUGACGCUUCCCAGUCUGGUGGGCAGCCGUCUUUGCUCUCUGAGAGGGAAACUCUGCAGGAGCGCGCUGAAAGGAUCCUCGGCAUACCUCUGCAGGACGCCGCCGCCGAACAGCAAACUGAGGAUGAAGAACCACCAAUUGAUCUUUGCAAGGAGAAGCAGAUGGAGGAGGCUGGGAAACCUCCUUCUGAGCAAACUCUGGAGGAUGCAACAGACCAUGUAGAGGCUCUCCAAGCGGAGAAGGACAGAGAUGACAUUAGAAAGCAGGUAACAAACGAAGACGAUCAGGAACAGCAAGCUACCUGAGACGACUGAAGAC